AUGCCUAUUGAUCAUUUUCAUAAUGUAAAUAAUUUAUAUCAUGCAAUCUUUAAUUUACCUGCAUUAAAAUAUUUGAAAAUAUCAUUAAACGAAAACUAUUCCAAUGAACCGUUGCCUAUUGUCAAGAAUCAUUACAAUUCUAUUGAACAUUUCGUUAUCGAUAGUAAUUGUAGUAUUACUCAUCUCAAAGUAUAUUUAUCAUAUCUUUCACAAGUUCGUCGUUUAUCGUGUAAGAAACUAUUGGAAUCCUUUUAUGUAGAACAAAGUUUAGAAUAUCUUAUAUUAUCUAAUUUAACACAUCUUUCAUUUCAAAGUGAAAAUAUUAGUUUUAAUCAAAUUAAAUUAUUUAUUAGAAAUCUUUCUCAUCAACUUCAAGUUUUUCGUUUUUCAACAGAAUUUGAUAUUACAUAUUUAAAUGCAAAUCAAUGGCAAGAAUUAAUUCUAUCUCAUAUGCCAUAUUUACUUAUAUUUGAUAUUGAACUUCAAGCUAAAUAUUAUAAUAAUCAAGAUGAUUUUCAUAUUUCAAUAAGUCAAUUCAUGUCUCCAUUUUGGUACGAUAGACAAUGGUUUUUUACAUAUGAAUAUACAGAUAAUUUAGCAAGAUUUUAUUCUACAGAACCAUACAGACGAAAACACUACACACUACACAAUGGACUAUGUCAACAUACUACAUAUCUAUGUAGAAAUACUAAUAAUGUACAUUCAGUUGAACAUAUUUCUAUUCGAGAUAAUUUAGAAAUUGAAAAUAAUUUAAUUUAUUUUCCUAAUGUUAAUCAACUUACACUUUUUAAUCAUUCUAAUAAUACUCUUUAUUCAAUUCCUACUAUACUCGAUCGAACUAUACCAUUAGUAGAACUUUUUAAAUUAUGUAUUAAUUGUCAUCAAUUUUGUAUUGGUAAAUUAAUGGAAUUAUUAUAUUUUUCACCAAAUGUUCAUAUAUUAAUAAUUAAUUCAAUAUCAUUAACUAAAAUCAGUUCAACUUCAAUACAACAAACACAAACAUUUCAAAUCAUAUGUAAAAAAAAUAAAAUUAUAAAUUUAAUGAUUAAAGAAAUUUCAACACAUGAAUGUUUACUUUUAUUUAUUAAACUUUGUCCUCGAUUAGAACAAUUUACAUUUCAAAUACCUUUUGAUAUUCUCUUAUCAAUUCUAACAAAUUUAUUCUUCGAAUUUGAGAAAUACAAUCAAUAUUUAUCUUUAUAA